AGAUUGCAGCGCCUGUUACGUCACUUGAACUUGGAAAAGUCGUGGCCGCUUCAGGUUUUACUUUAUUUUGAGCUUUGGCCACGCGCGGGAUGCUUAUGUGUUCCAGACUGUGCAGAGUUAGCCUACAGAGAACAACGGGAUGAUUAUAGUGUCCUAAAUUUGGAUAGCUUCUCGCCUCAGCAGGUUCAGAUACACUUCAACGCAACAUAGCCUACAGAACAAUUAUGUCGGAAUUUAGGCGUUGACCGUGUAUACAAGAAAAGGCUGGAGUCAUCGUAUCUCGCCGAGCCACUGCAAUGUUUGCUCUGUGAGGUUCUGUGUCGACCGUCGUUUCUUAGUGACACCUGAAUGCCACUCACGAUGGACUACGGGAACGAGGUGGAUUUAUCAAACAACAUCUUUCCGCUUUGGAAGAGACGUCCCAACACUGGUUCUAGAGACUUGAAACUAAAACCUCGACCUCUGAGUUACCAGAUCGACGGGGUUCAUACGACGGAUUUUCCCGUGGAGGACAAAAGUGCGUUUACUCUGACUCAGCCCGCAGAAAAGCUAGUUGCAACGCCAGCUGGAAGCACCAUGGUCCUGACACAUGUCUUAAACAAACCAAGUCGGAAAACACGGGUGGUAAGAAGCAUCAGCAUUGGACAUUUAUCCAACGGGAGAUUUUCUCUUUCUAAAAACAAACAUGAGGUUGACAAACACUGCACAGGUAGCAAUGGAAACCGCAUUGCUGGUACAACCAGAAUGGCAAACGGGGCCUCUGUGUGUCAGGAUGUCAAGCCUUCUUGGGCUGACAACAAGAACCUCUCCAGCCCACUCACUGUCAUGUCGCAGAGUGACCAGAUCGUUUUUGGGAAUUCGGCAUCCUCUCCAGACCACAUGCGGAUGACAUACAGACCUCACAGCCUGAGUGUCACGCCUCAAUGCCAACAUGAGGACACUGGGGCUUCUUCCCCCUCUUUCCCCGCCUCCUCCCGCAGCUCAUCCUCCAGCAUCAUGUCCCUGUCCUCCACCCCGAGUACCAUCUCUGAUCCGCCGACACCCCGCACCCCAUCACCAGAAGAUGGGGUGUCUGGUGGGGUGCUUCCACGCCAGCCUCCAAAUUCCUCCCCGGUGUCUGAGGGGAAGCACCCCCCUUCUGUCGUCCUGAGCACCCAGAGUCCUGCUGCACAGAAAAUGGGCACCCAGCAGCUCAUCCCCCAGGGGCUGGCAUCAGACAUCCGCCCUCCUAAAACCGGACACUUUGGUGCUCAGAGCAAGGGCUCCGGUGGGCUCCUGGACCCUGGCAAACGGGCUCAGCGGGCCCGCAGCCUUGUGGAGACCGGCUCCUUCUUCUCCACGACCACUGAGCGAGAGGAGGGCGCUGAGGGGGUGGAGAGCCCCGGGCUGCUCAGGAGAGGGCUGCGCUCCACGUCUUACAGACGGGCGGUGGUGAGCGGGGUGGAUCUGGAGGUGCCCCCUACUGAUCUCAAGGCCAAACGCCUCUCACAGCCUGUGCUCAGGGGGGUGCUUGAAGACCCAUCCAGCCCUGGGAAACAUCCAUCCAGCCCGGGGAAACAUCCAUCCAGCCCAGGGAAACAUCCAUCCAGCCCGAAGAACAAGAGUCCGGACAAGAAAAGAGGCAUUCCGUCGCAGCGGACGUUUGACAGUGAAGAGGACGAGGUCUUGUACCAGAACUACCAGGAGAAAGCCCUGCACAACGACUCUGACGAGGAUGCAGAGUCUAGGGAGCCCAAGUCUGACGAUCGUAUUGUGGUCCAGUACAAGCCCAUUCGAACGUCCUGGAGUCAGCUCAGUGUGGUGAAAAAGACUGGAGCUGCUGAGAGGUUAAGCCCAGAGGAUCGGAAGAGGCAAGAGACCAUCUUUGAGGUGAUCUCUUCAGAGCACAGCUACCUCCACAGUCUGGAAAUCCUGAUCCGCAUGUUCAAGAACUCGGCAGAACUCGGCGAGACCAUGACCAAGACGGAGAACCACCACCUGUUCUCCAACAUCUUGGAUGUGUGCGCGGCCAGUAAAAAGUUCUUUAAGGAGUUGGAAGACCGACACCAGCAGAAUAUAGUCAUUGAUGAUAUCAGUGACAUUGUGGAAAGACACGCCCAGUCGAACUUUGACCCCUAUAUAACAUACUGCUCCAAUGAGGUGUACCAACAAAGGACCCUUCAGAGGCUUGUAAUGAAGAACCCGUCGUUUAAGGAGGUUCUGACCCGUAUCGAGGCCCACCCCGACUGCAGGAACCUCCCCAUGAUCUCCUUCCUGAUCCUGCCCAUGCAGCGUGUCACCCGUCUCCCUCUGCUCAUGGAUACUAUCUGUCAGAAGACCCCCAAAAGCACAGACCAGUACGAGGCCUGUAAGAAGGUCCUCCAGGAUGUCAGCAAGCUUGUGCGAAAAUGUAACGAGGGUGCUCGUACUAUGGAGAGGACUGAGAUGAUGUACACCAUCAACUCUCAGCUGGAGUUCAAGAUUAAGCCGUUCCCUCUGGUGUCCUCCUCCCGCUGGAUGGUAAAGCGCGGUGAGCUGACGGCUUUUGCGGAGGAGAACGGUAUCUUCCUGAAGAGGACGUCACGCCAGCAGGUCUACUUCUUCCUCUUCAACGACGUGCUCAUCGUCACCAGGAAGAAAAGUGAAGAGAGCUAUACAGUGAUUGACUACGCUCUGCGGGCUGAGAUCUGGGUGGGGCAGUGUCAGGCAGAGGACCUGAACCUGUCGCCGGUGCGGACCACUGCCAGCAUGCUGACAUCACGCCAGGGCACAGCCAAUCAUCUCUUCCGCCUCAAGUUUCGAAGCAACUACUCAGGAGACAAAGUGACGAUGAUCCUCGGUGUCGAGCAAUUGAAUGAGCGCGCUCGGUGGAUCAGUGCCCUUGGCCUCACCAACAGUGACAAGAAUAACAUGGAUAGAACAAACAUGGUGCAGGUGGAGGUCACCAGGACGUACACAUCCAGACAGCCAGAAGAGCUCUCGCUCCAGGUGGCAGAUGUGGUGCUGGUGUCACAGAUGGUGGAUGAUGGCUGGUAUGAGGGAGAGCGUCUGCGGGACGGGGAGAGAGGCUGGUUCCUGGCCGAGUGUGCCGAGCGCAUCACCUGCCAGGCCGCCAUCGAGAGGAACUGGCAGAGAAUGGACCGCCUGCAGGGCCUGGAGACCAACGUGUGAGCUGGCUUUGCAGACACACCCACUAAGGACCUUCUCCAUGGACUCAUGGAUCUCUUACUGACCAGGGGCUACUCUAGGGGUCGCUACAAUGCCACAGCCAAACAGACACCACGCAUGGGGGUCUGUAAAAGUACCUUCACACCCACAGCACUCUACAAGCUCUAAGAAGAAAACCCUCUUAGUCAUUCUGAAUUGAACUAAAAUGAAAGGCAGAUGGACAGACAGACAGAUGGAGCUCCACAACCAUCAAAGACCAUGGAGGAAUGAAAGAGGGACAAGGUCAGAUGAGGCAGUGUUUGCAAAGACUCCGUACAGAAUGCUUCACAAUUUCCCCCUUUGAAAAUACACAACCUCAAACGUCCAGGGGAGUGUUACAGCCAGGCCAAGCCAAAGGAUGUUGCCAUUUCUUCACCGCAGUGGGAGGGUACUCAAGCAAACCACCUGCCACUUGUUCUCCUCCUCUCCUUCUAGGCCAGGUGGAUUGUAUAGUAUGACAGAGAAACUUGAGAGGGUCUGCUUUAACUCGAGCUCUUCACGUGCCUACCAUCAGCGUCUCUUUUUUUUUUGUAGCCUCUGGGAGACUCCCAACAGAGACUUGCCUUUCUCCACUUUCUGUGUUGGAACCAGCAGCUUCUUUCAAUAGAAGAAACCUCAGUCUGUAGAGCUGAGAGGAUAAUAUCACAAAACUGCCCCCACAAUGGUCUGUAGCUAAACAGGAGGAUUCAGGGACUGACUGACCAGAACUGGAAGAGGAUGAAGUUAACAGUUUAUAGAUGGACUCAUGGAACAUGUAGAAGGAUAUCGUUCAGCUAUUGUUAUGGUUGUGCAGUGGCUAAAAUAUUGAAGGGAUUUAGAAAGACUGGAUAGAUGACCAUGUUCUUUAAGAAUAUAAUGUAAUGGCAUUCUCACCCAAUCUGAAGCUUUAUGCAUUUCCACUCAGGGACAUACUCAUACAUACAAGACUCAUGCUUAACAGCAAUGUACAAAAAUGAAAUCUAAUUUUUAAAAAUGUUUUAAACUAAUUCACCAUUUUAAAAGAUUGUAUAUUGCAUAUAGACAUGCUCCUUUAUAACCCUUAAUUUGUAAUACUUGUGAAUAAAAGGAAUGUAAUUAC